CCCAUUACAAGAGCCAUGCUACUGGUCCCUGCAUCCAAGCCAGAUGCUUCCAAUUCUUUCGACAUUUGCUGUCCACACCCGCCACUUGUGCAACUAGGCCGGGGGUCAACUCUGUUUAGGAGAAAUUUUGUCGCAGUGGGAGAGUUCAUUCAUCGCAGCAAUCUCGCACCACCUUUCAAUUCCAGUGGAUCCCGCAAACUACACUUAACUUUCACCAAAGUAAUAAAAACGCGCAACGAAGAUGUCAUUCUGUGUUAUCAACCAGAC